AUGGUCAAUGUUGUAGCAGUUUUUGAAGAUUUCUGGACUUCUUCGAUUUACUUUAGUUAUAGCAAUUUCGGCGGCCAUUUUGUAAUUGAUGAGUGCAUCUGGACUGAGAAUUCAAAUAUUUUUCCAAAUCGAAUGCAAAACCUUCAAGGAUCAAUGUUGCCAGUUCUGUUUGGAGGUCCAGAUCCUGGAAUCAUAGUUUCACACAAGUCCAACGGUGAUAUGUUUAUUGGUGGAUAUUUGGGUCAUUUCUUCACUGCUUUUGCUAAGAGCUACAAUGCCAAACUGAACUUCACGAAUGUUAAUACAACACUUUCAUCUUUUUAUAUUGCAGAACUUGUACAUAAUGGAACAGUUGUUAAUAUCGACAUAGCAGGAGCUGGUCCAUCACUUUUAGAAGUUCCUUGUCAAGGAUUUACGUAUCCUUACCGAACUGCCGAUUGGGGUGUUAUGUUACCCGUUGAGCCUCAAAUCCCAGUUUACAAAGUUUUCGCCAUUGUUUUUCAUUGGGAUAUAUUCUGUUUGACAGUUGUGAUAUUUGUUUUGCUGUCAAUAUUCCUCUGGGCAGCUGGAAAAUACUUACAUCGAACUUUCAAAACCAGUGAUAUUUUUGAUAUUUUUAGUGGAAUCCUGGGAAAGCCCUUCAACGAAACUUUGAAUGCGUCUUACAGUACAAAAAUCAUCUACUUGAUGAUUUUCUUAUUCGGAAUUAUUAUAAGUUCAACUUCAUAUAAUGCAUUUCUGCAGUCUUUACUGACCAAUCCUCCAAGGGAAAAAACAAUAAAAACAUUCGAAGAACUACAAUCAGCUGGAUUGAAAAUUCACUUACUCCAAAAUGAAUUGAAAUUAUUGCUCAGGAUAAAUCCAAUUUUUAUGGAAAAAUAUUCAAGUGUUUUUGAAGGUCAAACAAAUUUUGCAGCUUACACCAAAGCCCGUGAUAGUUUAAAUCCAAAUAAUGGCUAUUCAGUAAAUCAACCGAAAUGGCAAGUUUAUCGAAAUCAACAAAAUUUCUUUGGUCAACAAUCCUUACAAAUAAUAUUGUUUGCUAAACUGUCAUCUAAAAGUCAAGAGUCUUUGCUUAGUGAUUCAUUCGAUAGCCGCACUACACGAAUGCGAAAUAAAGAAGCUGCUUUCAGUUAG